AUGCUUGCUGAUAGUACCCCGCUUACCACUGCACCCUCCGUUCACUCAGCAUAUGUAAACGGAAAUUGGUCCCCGAAGUUGCUCCCCAGAGAAAGAUCAGUGGUGAGUGGAGCAACUCAAGACUUCAACGUUGAGAACAUUUCCGAGGAUGUUGCUAUAGAAGCUGAGGAGGUGGACGAAGAACCUUUUGGUGGAAUCGCAGUUACUCUUCUUGACGAAUCGCUCGACGAAGUUCCUCGCAUACCCCGACGCCCUACAAAAGGGGUCGAAAACCAUUUGAGCGAUGUUAGUGACGAAGAAGUAGACCGGUUACCUCCAGCUCGAUAUCGGUCCGAAAUCGAAGAGCUGGUUGACUGCAAUUGCUUCAAAUGGAUCGAAGCUUCAUCAUUAUCUCAGAAGGAAUGGGGAAGUCUCUUCAUGAGUUCAGUUGCCAAGAGGGAACUCGACAAAAAAUUCGAAGCAUAUUUUGUAUAG